AUGAGAUUGAGUUCCACGAAUAUGCCUAGAAAGAUGCUAUUUGCUGCUAUUCCAUCUAUUUGUGCAUUAAGUUCGAAGAAGAUCUCAAUCUAUAAUGAAGAAAUGAUAGUAGCUCGUUGUUUUAUAGGCUUCAUCAUAUUCAGUCGGAAGAGUUUAGGUAAUACUUUCAAAGUUACUCUCGACGGGAGAAUCCAGGCUAUUCAGGAAGAAUCGCAGCAAUUCCCCAAUCCUAACGAAGUAGUUCCUCCGGAAUCUAAUGAACAACAACGAUUACUUAGGAUCAGUUUGCGAAUUUGUGGCACCGUAGUAGAAUCAUUACCAAUGGCACGCUGUGCGCCUAAGUGCGAAAAGACAGUGCAAGCUUUGUUAUGCCGAAACCUAAAUGUUAAGUCAGCAACACUUCCAAAUGCCACUUCUUCCCGUCGCAUCCGUCUUCAGGACGAUCUAGGCACAAAGUUUCACUUAUUAGUUAGGAGGAGAUUUGGCCCCCAGUGUAUCUCGAAAGCAGAAAAAAUAGAACUCAUUCGAGAGAGCUUGGUGGUCUUAAGAAUGGUUCGGGUGGGGGGUUCUCUUAAGAAUAAAGAAGACGAAUAG